CGGGCGCGCGCGUGCGCAGAACGCCGUAGGGCCCGGCCGCCCGCCGCGCUCUUUGUGGCGCUGCCGGAAGCGGCCGCGGGUUGCGGAGCGGGGCGGCUCGGAGCGGCGUCUCCCCGUGUCGCCUCAGCCGCCGCGGGCACCAUGGAGCCGGCGGUCUGAGGGCGGAGCGGCCGGCCCUGCCCUGCCCGGUCCGACAUGCCCGCCGGGCCCUUCGGCGCAGGUGUUAUUUGGUUUGUAGCAUAGAGGCACUAUGUACUCAGAGUGGAGAUCCUUGCAUCUUGUCAUUCAAAAUGAUCAGGGUAACACCAGUGUGCUUCACAGCUAUCCUGAGAGCGUGGGCAGAGAAGUGGCGAAUGCGGUGGUGCGCCCCCUGGGGCAGGCUCUCAUCACAUCGCCGGUUGGGAGCGAGAGUUUGCUGAAAACAGACAAAGAAGUAAAAUGGACGAUGGAGGUGGUUUGUUACGGGCUGACCCUGCCCCUGGAUGGCGACACCGUGAAGUACUGCGUCGAUGUGUAUACAGACUGGAUUAUGGCUCUUGUGUUACCUAAGGACUCGAUUCCUUUACCAGUUAUUAAGGAACCAAACCUUUAUGUUCAAAGCAUUCUCAAACAUCUCCAAAAUCUCUUUGUACCAAGGCCAGACCCAGGAUCUAGUCAGAUUAGGCUGUGCCUGCAAGUUUUGAAAGCAGUCCAGAAACUGGCUCGUGAAUCAACAAUUAUGGCAAGAGAAACGUGGGAGGUUUUGUUGUUAUUUCUUCUUCAGAUUAAUGAUACUCUUCUAGCAGCUCCAACUGUGCAAGGUGGCAUUGCUGAAAAUCUGGCUGAGAAGCUUAUUGGCGUGCUGUUUGAGGUGUGGUUACUGGCCUGCACACGGUGCUUUCCAACACCACCUUACUGGAAAACUGCCAAAGAGAUGGUGGCCAACUGGCGGCAUCACCCUGCAGUCGUGGAGCAGUGGAGCAAGGUCAUCUGUGCUCUUACCUCCAGAUUGCUGCGUUUCACCUAUGGACCUUCGUUUCCUCCGUUUAAAAUUCCUGAAGAAGAUGCUGGUCUGAUUCCUCCUGAAAUGGACAACGAGUGCAUCGCACAAACUUGGUUUCGCUUUUUACACAUGCUGAGUAAUCCUGUGGAUUUGAGUAACCCAGCCAUUAUUAGUUCUACCCCCAAAUUUCAGGAGCAGUUUCUGAAUGUGAGUGGGAUGACUCAAGAGCUGAAUCAGUACCCCUGCCUUAAGCAUCUGCCUCAAAUAUUCUUCCGUGCCAUGCGUGGGAUCAGCUGUUUAGUGGAUGCUUUCCUAGGCAUUUCACGACCCCGCUCAGACAGCGCGCCGCCCACCCCCGUGAACAGGCUGAGCAUGCCCCAGAGCACCGCCAUCAACACCACCCCACCCCACAACCGAAGGCAUCGGGCCGUGACUGUGAAUAAAGCAACAAUGAAAACCAGCACUGCAACCACUGCACAUGCUUCCAAAGUGCAGCACCAACCGUCCUCUACUUCUCCGCUCUCUAGCCCAAACCAGACAAGUUCUGAGCCACGGCCACUGCCAGCUCCUCGCAGGCCAAAGGUUAACAGCAUCUUGAACCUCUUUGGAUCGUGGUUAUUUGAUGCAGCAUUUGUUCACUGUAAACUUCAUAAUGGAAUAAACAGAGACAGCAGCAUGACUGCAUCUUUUAUCCAAAUUCUUCUUUCUUAUAAAUCUUCUAUAGCAACUCAAGCUAGUGUGGAGUUUCGCCGGAAAGGAUCCCAAAUGUCCACAGAUACAAUGGCUUCCAACCCUUUGUUUGAUGCCAGUGAAUUCCCAGACAACUAUGAAGCAGGAAGGGCAGAGGCAUGCGGGACACUGUGUAGGAUAUUUUGUAGCAAGAAGACUGGGGAGGAAAUAUUACCAGCUUACUUAUCCCGAUUUUACAUGCUUUUAAUUCAGGGUUUGCAGAUAGCAGAUUUCGUUUGCCACCCCGUUCUUGCCAGUGUUAUUCUGAACUCCCCUCCUUUGUUCUGCUGUGACCUGAAAGGAAUUGAUGUCGUGGUUCCAUAUUUCAUUUCGGCUCUUGAAACUAUUUUACCCGACAGGGAACUCUCAAAGUUUAAAAUAUAUGUAAACCCCACAGAGCUAAGAAGAGCUUCAAUUAACAUCUUGCUGUCUUUGUUGCCUCUCCCUCAUCAUUUUGGAACCAUAAAAUCGGAGGUUGUCCUGGAAGGGAAAUUCAGCAAUGAUGACAGCUCAACGUAUGAUAAACCAGUAACCUUCCUUUCCUUGAAGCUGAGGCUUGUGAAUAUACUUAUAGGAGCUUUGCAAACUGAAACAGAUCCCAACAACACUCAGAUGAUACUAGGUGCAAUGUUGAAUAUUGUUCAAGACUCAGCACUGUUAGAAGCCAUUGGCUGCCAAAUGGAAACGAAUGGUGGUGAAAACAACCUCUUCAAAAGCCACAGUCGUACUAACAGUGGCAUUAGUACUGCAAGUGGCGGCAGCACGGAGCCUACAACACCAGAUAGUGAACGGCCAGCACAAGCCCUUCUAAGGGAUUAUGCUCUUAAUACAGAUACGGCUGCAGGACUUCUGAUACGCAGCAUUCACCUGGUAACCCAGAGGCUGAACUCACAGUGGAGGCAGGACAUGAGCAUCUCACUGGCUGCGUUGGAACUUCUCUCUGGAUUGGCAAAGGUGAAAGUGCUUGUUGAUUCCUCCGACCAAAAGAGAGCUAUCAGUUCUGUAUGCAGCUACAUAGUGUUCCAGUGCAGCCGGCCGGCCCCGCUCCACUCCCGUGACCUUCACUCUGUGAUAGUUGCAGCUUUCCAGUGCCUCUGUGUGUGGCUCACUGAGCAUCCUGACAUGCUGGAUGAGAAGGAUUGUCUAAAAGAGGUACUGGAGAUUGUGGAGCUGGGUAUUUCGGGAAGUAAAUCCAAGAGCAGCGAACAAGAGGUGAAGUACAAAGGAGAUAAGGAACCAAACCCUGCAUCCAUGAGAGUGAAGGAUGCUGCAGAAGCUACAUUAACGUGUAUUAUGCAGUUACUUGGAGCGUUCCCUUCUCCCAGCGGCCCUGCUUCCCCUUGCAGCUUAGUGAAUGAAACCACCUUAAUUAAAUAUUCUCGCCUGCCCACCAUAAACAAGCAUAGUUUCCGUUACUUUGUUCUGGAUAACAGUGUCAUCCUGGCAAUGUUGGAGCAGCCUCUAGGGAACGAACAAAAUGACUCCUUCCCCUCUGUCACGGUUUUGAUCCGUGGGACGUCUGGAAGAUUUGCAUGGGCCCAGCAACUCUGUCUUUUACCAAGAGGAGCUAAAGCAAAUCAAAAGACCUUUGUACCAGAACCUCGACCAGCUCCUAAAAAUGAUGUUGGAUUGAAAUACAGUGUGAAGCAUCGGCCUUUUCCUGAAGAAGUGGACAAGAUCCCAUUUGUGAAAGCAGACUUAAGCAUUCCUGAUUUACAUGAAAUUGUGAAUGAGGAGCUCGAAGAGCGACACGAGAAGCUGAGGAAUGGCAUGGCCCAGCAGAUUGUUUUUGAGACUUCCAUAGAUCAGAAAAGCGAGGAGGAGUGGCGUAAGAAGAGCUUUCCUGAUCCAAUCACAGAGUGUAAGCCCCCACCGCCGGCACAGGAGUUCCAGACUGCGCGCCUCUUCCUCUCCCACUUCGGGUUUCUGUCGCUGGAGGCGUUGAAGGAGCCCGCUAACAGUCGUCUACCUCCCCACCUGAUUGCACUUGACUCUACUCUGCCUGGAUUUUUUGAUGACCUCGGGUACUUGGACUUACUGCCUUGUCGUCCUUUUGAUACUGUUUUCAUUUUCUACAUGAAGGCGGGCCAGAAGACAAGCCAGGAGAUCCUGAAGAACAUGGAGUCUUCCAGAAUUGUUCAGCCACACUUCCUGGAGUUCUUGCUGUCUCUUGGCUGGUCUGUCGAUGUGGGGAAGCAUCCUGGGUGGACCGGGCACGUCUCCACGAGCUGGUCCAUCAACAGCUGCAGUGAUGAAGAGGGACCUGAACAAGAUGAUGUAAUGAUUUCAGAAGAUGUUGGAGCAAGUAUCUUCAAUGGGCAGAAGAAGGUGCUGUAUUACGCUGAUGCCCUGACAGAAAUAGCUUUUGUUGUCCCGUCACCAGUGGAGUCCCUAACUGAUUCGUUGGAAAGCAAUGUCUCUGAUCAAGAGAGUGACUCUAACAUGGACCUGCUGCCGGGAAUAUUAAAACAGCCAUCCUUGACACUUGAACUCUUCCCCAAUCACACAGACAAUCUUAAUCCCUCUCAGCGGCUCAGCCCGACUUCCAGAUCCAAGAGGGUGCCUCAGGGCCGGACCAUUCCACCAAUGGGACCUGAAACCAAAGUGUACGUGGUCUGGGUUGAACGUUAUGAUGAUAUAGAAAAUUUUCCCCUCCCUGAUCUGGUGUCUGAGACCAGCACUGGCGUAGAAACCACGGCCAACAGCAGCGCUUCCCUAAGAUCUACCAUUCCUGAGAAAGAAGUUCCCGUGAUCUUCAUCCAUCCUUUAAACACCGGCUUAUUCAGGAUAAAACUGCAAGGAGCAACUGGGAAAUUCAACAUGGUUAUCCCGUUGGUGGAUGGGAUGAUAGUCAGUCGGAGAGCUCUUGGUUUUUUAGUGAGGCAAACAGUAAUAAAUAUUUGUCGGAGAAAGAGGCUGGAAAGUGAUUCAUACAACCCCCCCCACGUCCGCCGGAAACAGAAAAUCGCAGACAUUGUCAAUAAGUACCGCAACAGGCAGCUGGAGCCUGAGUUUUAUACCUCGCUUUUCCAGGAGGUUGGGCUCAAGAACUGCAACCCGUAGGCCGUUAUCCUCCCCGGACAAUUAGAUCAGAGCUUGGUGGCUACAGUAAUGAAAACAGUUAAAUAACAACACAUUUCCUCAGCCCUCCGGAAUUCAGGAAACCGUAUUUUAGCACAAGUCAGCAGAUACCGUGUGGGAGGAAGGAGAAACGAAUCCCAAGCCGUGCAGUUGGGAUACUGACUCAGUUCACCUACCCGCGAAAGAUUACUGAAUUCCAGUCUUCCUGGAUGCUCGCAACAUAGUCUCUCCAGCAGCCAUCUACUCCCUGCUAAUUAAGAACUGCGUCUCGUCCUGUGGGAAGAAAACAAUCAAAGCAAAACCAUCUCUGCACUGAAGUAUGAGGAGCGCGGGGCAAAGCAGCUGCCUUCACACAGCCCGCUGUGCCCACGCGCUGGAGAGGGGAGCGGGGUCUCUCCUUGAGGAGGGAAUCUUCCUGAGCGCUCGCUGUGCCCACAAGAACUUCAGGAGAAGUUUCUGACCCCCUUCGGCGUUCUGCAGGAGAUGCUUCACUGCUUGAAGCUCAUUUGUUCACCACAGGGAGGAAAGCUGCUCGGGAAUAUCAGGUCACCAAAUGCAUAGCCAAGAUGCUGUGUUUCCCAGUACCAUCCUGUGGGUCUGUGCACAGCGUUUCUGUCAUCCUGGGAACAAACUGAGUUCAGACACACCUUCUUACUAGAUAAGAGAUCUUGGUUCUAUAGAAACAAGGUUAUGACUUUCAGGUCUGUUGCAAAAUGUCACAUUUAAUUUUAGUCGCUUGGUUUUAUUUUCUUUAUGCAGCUGAUUAUGUUGAAAUGUCUCUGUUGCUCAGUCGUCAUUUUCAUUAAAUGUGCAAACAUCUCUUGCUUUCCUUCUGCCGGGCUGAAAUCUGAGGUUCUGGGGCUGCCUCCUGCCUGACAUUUAUCGAAUAUGCAGCUUUUGCAGCUUCUGCACUUUCCAGAAGCUCCUCUUACGCAGACUACGAAACAAUUGGAACAGAAAAGCGAGGAACCCUUCUUUUGUCCAUUAACUUGCCAUUCCAUGGAAAGUCCAUUUGGAGUUGUACCUUAGAAGCGUUUUGAGGUUACCGUGCUCUCUCGGCAGCAGUGAUUCCUCUCUCCUUGGUCAGAAGUUUCUCCCUGAGCUGCCGGUGCCCCGGCCGGGCUCAGCCACAGCCUGGGUCGCUGCCUCAGCCCACAGGGAGCAGAGCCGUGUGGAUUCGUUUCUCUGACCGCCGGCAGCUUCCAUUCGAGCUCCUUGCUUCCUCUGUGGCUGCACUCUGGAGCUCAGGCUGUGCUGGGAAAAGGUGUUCACAACUGCGCGUCAGUGCUGGCAAUAUGAAAGCUGCAGCAGCACUGCCGCUCCUGGGGCUGCUUUCAGGCCCCCAGCACAGUCCUGCCUUGUGGCAGCAAUGAAUCACUGCUGAUGCUCCUGUGUGGGUGCAGCCUGCGAUGGCUGGCAGUGCACGUGUUCUUUUUCUUCCAGUAAGCAGGGAGGAGGUGAGCGUAAACCUGAGCAGGAAUUGGUGGAGCUCCUCAAGUUAUGACAAAGUGUUUCUCGGAAGCUUUUUAAUAUGCAUUGCAAUAAUGCCUGUGAGUCACUUAACUUUGCUAUUUCAGUUACUUUUUGCAACAGUUGUAACCUGAAACAGUCUUACUUGUUUCAUUACAGUUUCCUUGCCAGGGGUGUGCCUGGAUCCCAUCUGCCUGUGGUCUUUCGGAGGGUUCCACCUGCACCUCAAAAGUCGUGCAGGGACGUGCGGGUCUCAGCUGAGGGGAACUAGGGGGCAGGAGCAGGGCAGGCACAGGGACCUCUCAGGAGGUUUUGGUCCAGAUGAAUCACAAAUGGAAAAACAAAACCAAAAUCUCCGUGGCGGUGAGCAGAGCAGCCGUGCUUCUGCACCGUCCUGGGUGUGAGGGGCAGCGCUGGGUCUGGUGGCAAAGCUGAGGUGGAGCGUGGCCUCAUCUCUCCUCAGCUCUUGCCAGUGUGCAUUUAAUGCACAGGCACUAAAUUUACCCACGCUGUGUGUGUACCUUUGGAUCUACAUAACGGCCAAACACACUUUAGUCCACUGACUUAAAAGGCAUGACCACUGCAUGUGUAACAAACAGAAACAUACAGAGCGAUCAAGCUUUGCACAUCUUCAGCAGCUUAAAACCCAUAGCUGUGUGUGUCACGUGCAAAACCAUUGGUUUGUAGCCCAGUGAGCUGCAGAAGCUGCUGCUUUCAGGUGCACAGUGCAGUCAGGAGCAGAGCUGUGGCUGCAGGAAGCCCUGAGUGUCUCCUUCUGAGUCAGAGAGCCAAAGGAACUGCCCGAAAUAUUGCGCUUUAGUGCGCUUCGGUCUGUUCCUUGUUCCAUCCAGAGCAUGAGUGUGGCACCCUGAGCAGUGCUCACAGGGGGAGCAGGGCCGUGUGUCAGAAAUCUUGAAAGAAGAGUUUUGUGUGAGCAGCGUUUAUAACUGAUAUAAGUCUGAUCUGCGAGGUCACGCUGAACACAUCGCACGCAGGGUGAACCUGCCCGUGGCUUUGGGGUUUUGCGAUCUGCAGAGGUGAACCUUGACGAAAGUCUGAGUGCAGCGUAGCAGUGCUGCGUGCUGUGCUGUCAGCCCUCGGUUUGGGCGCAGGCUGCGUGGCAGAGCUGUGCCCCUCACAGUGUGGUGUGGCUGAUGUGAGGAGCAGUGCAGCAGCGAAGCAGGCAGCAGAGCUGACGACUGCGGGUGGCCCAGGGUGCCUUCAGCUCUCCUCCCCCAUGGGCUGAGAGGAAAGCUGAGAUUUAUAUCAGUCGUGAUGCUUCUGUCGAGACCCUGAGCUUCUGGGGCUCUGCACCACAGACUGCCCUGUUGAGUUGGCAGCUUCUCAACUCGCAUGGCUGUUUUUUGCACCCAUACCCAUGGGAGAGCAGAUGCCCACCCAGGGGCAGCGCAUCGCACCGAGCUGCCGCUCGAUCACAGAUGUGACACAGCCAGAGUUCCUCUGUUCACACAGUAACGCCUUUCGGUUUGGGUUCGUAAUUCUGCUCUGAAUGAUGGCAUCCUCUUAAUGGUGCAGAAGGGGGGUUGGGGGGCGGCCACCUCGUUAAAUGCAGAGCUGAAAUUGCAGAAAUGUCGGUACCUUAAUAAAGACUCAUUUAAAGAAACUAUCCUUUCUUAAAGGUACCUGGCAGAUGUAUGACACACAUACAUCAAGGAGUGGGGGGGGGAGGGGUGUUGAGGGUCUGCAUGCCCACAUCAGAGCAGCUCCACUGCAACAGAGUACAGCUGUGAGCAGUGGCUGCGUGACUGAGCGAUGCCUUUGAAGGAAGGCAGACAUCUUCCACGUGGAUGUUAGCAGGAGCAGUUUGAGGUGAGAAUGCCAGGGAUCACGUGCUUCAAGUCAUAUGCAUUCUGUCUGGAUUUCUGUAUGUUGCCAAGACAUGAUCUUUUUGUUCCUACUGUAUUUUUCUGUAAAUACCCCCGGCGCUAAGUUGUAAAGUAAAGGCAAAAUGUAAAUAUGAAGAUGUGAACUACGUUCCCUCGUCUCUAGUCCUUUAUCUCCUAUUUGUUUAGGGAAGGCACACGAAGGCUUGUUUGUAUUUAUGCCAAUUCUUUGUCCAGGAGAAACACAUCAAAUAUUGAAUGUAACACAAUUAGUCCAAUAAAUUUUAAAGAUUCUUAUCUAA